UCAGUUGUUUUUGUGAAUUAACAAGAUUAUUAUGAAUUCAGACAAAUGAAAACUUUUUUUUUUCUGUGAAAAGUUUUAUUGUAACAGAGAUAAUAAUCUUGUUAAUUUAGAAAAACAAGAGCAGAUGCUGCUAUGAAAAAAUUAAAAAGUAAAAACCUUCAUGUACUGUUGUGGAUAUGCAGAAAUGUCAGAGACAGAUAUGAGCAGUAUCUCUUGGAAAAAUAAAAAUAAAAAAAAUGUGAGAGUCUCUGUAGUUUGAGUGAACUGAUCCUUUAAAGCCUUCAAUGCCUGUAAGACAGCACCGAGGGCAGAGUGAGCUCAGGCAUCAGCUGGGUGACAUUGCGGAAGGGUUAGGACCCCUCCCCUCCGCCUCCCAACAACACACCGGGAGUCAGGCUCCAGCAUCAACAGGAGCGGAGUCAACAGGCGGGUCGGAAAUCAUCCGAGGUCAGAGCGGAUCCCACCGGACAUGGCCCAGGCGAAUAUCUCGGUGACGGAGAGCCAGUUCAGGUGUCCCGUCUGCCUGGACAUCCUCAAGGACCCGGUGUCCACCCCCUGCGGACACACCUACUGCAUGUCGUGCAUCAACAACUACUGGGACCAGGCGGAAUCGGGCCAGUUCAGCUGCCCCCAGUGCCGGGAGACGUUCAGCCCUCGGCCGGUGCUGCGGCGGAACACGGUGCUCGCCGAGGUCGUCGACAAACUCAAGCUGAGCGAGAUGGUCACGGCGCCGCCGGAGCUGUACCUGGGGGGAGUCGGGGAAGUGCCGUGCGACUUCUGCCCGGCGGAGAGCAAGCUGAGGGCGGUCAAGUCGUGCCUGGUUUGUCUGGCGUCCUUCUGCGAACUCCACGUCCUGCCGCACCGGGAGGUUGGCACGCUGCGGCGGCACAAGCUGGUGGCCGCGGUGGAGUGUCUGGCGGAGCGGCUGUGCGCACAGCACCGCCUGGGUCUGGAGCCCGCGGGGAGCGGCUCCGAGGCGGAGGCCGCGGUGGAGUGGAGCGGGGACUGCCUACUGUGCGAGGCGGACCAGGAGGAGGUGCACAGUGCGGACGCCCAGAGAACCAGGAGACAGCUGCAGCUCCAGGAGUGUCAGCGGAUCGUUCAGGGGAGGACACGCAGCGGAGAGAGAGAGUUGGAGGAGUUUCAACAAAGCUUGGAGUCCCUCAAGGUGUCAGCGUCGGCUGUUUUGGAGGACAGUGAAGCUCUGUUUGCAGACAUGGCACUCCGCCUGGAGAAAACCAAAGCAGAGGUCCGAGCGAGGCUGGAGGCGAAGGAGCGGGCGGUGGUUGGGAGGGCCGAACGAGAUAUAGAGAUGUUGGAGAAAGACCUGGAGGAGCUGAGGAAGAGAGACGAGGCGAUCAGUCAGCUUCUGCACACGGAGGACAAUGCCCAUUUCCUACAGGCGGCUCCCCUGCUAUGCGUCCCUCUCACCACCGGUCGGCACUCUAGAGCCCUCAGCCUGCCCACAGAGGGUUUCAGCGGCGCCAGGAGAGCGCUGUGCCACCUCCGCAGCCGCAUGGAGGAGGUCUGCAGGGAGGAGGUGGACAAGAUCAGCCGCGCAGUUAACGAGAACUACGUGUCUGGUGCAGAGUGUGCAAAAGGUGGCAGUGCGGAGAACUCCAAACCACAGCAAGUACAUCCAACACUAUCUGCAGGGCAACAAACCACUGGGGCGAUGCCGGUGUCGUUCCCUCUGUCCUCAUUGUCUCUGCAGCCGGCUGAUCAGAGGAUGAGGGGAGCUUUCCUCAGGUUUUCAUGUCGUCUAUCCUUGGACCCUGACACAGCCCACCCUACCCUGGUCCUCCUGCAGGGGCCCCAGGGUGCGCACUGUGGCGAGGAGCCCCAAUCCUACCCCCCGGACCAGCAGCGCUUCGAUUCAGUGGCCCAGGUCCUGUGCAGGGAAGGCCAGUUUGGUGGUGCCAGCUACUGGGAGGUGGAGUGGAGGGGCGGGGGAUGGGUUGACAUCGGCGUCACCUACAGAGGUAUCGGACGCAAAGGUGGCGGUAAACCCUGCCUGCUGGGGCGCAACGAGAACUCUUGGCGACUGAGGUGUACACAUGCCGGAUACGCUGCCUGGCAUGACAACCGCAAGACCACGGUGGCUGCACCGCCAUGCCCCAGAAUCGGCGUGUUCCUGGAGCGCCAGAAAGGAGCGCUGUCCUUCUACAGCGUGUCGGACACAGUGGUGCUCCUGCACACCUUUCGUUGUCCGUUCUCUCAGCCGCUGUACCCGGCCUUCCGCCUCGACCUGGACUCCACCUUGCUCAUCUGUCCUCAUGAGGGGCAGGGAGGAAAUGCACACCCACCCUAACACUAACACAUACAACUGAAGGGUUUGCCGGUGUGGAGGCAACAACAUCAGGAGGAAGCAUCACAGUCAGGAAUGCUUUUCUUUUUCCUAUAUGUCUUUCUGCAUAGUCUCUUCUUCUGUGUCUCUCUUGAAUAACAGGUUUUUCUGUGUUUUUCCCUUUGAAUGUUAAGUAGUCUUUUUGGAUCCUUGUUGGGCACACUGUCAUUUAAACAUUCACAAUAUGCACUUUUCACAGCGCACUUAUGACUUGACAUGGUAGGAAAAGCACAGUUGUUAAUGAUAACAUGAAAGGCAUACUAUGCAAGAUUUUCCCUAAAAAACAAUAUAUACUCUCACACAAAGGUAAUCCGUCUCAAUAAUCACUUGUGACCCACUAGUGUGGCGAUGUCUGUAUUUGCAGAGAACCUGCCCUCUGCCUGUAUUUUCUUAUUAUCUUCUUAUUUUGGUUUGUUCGGGACGUUUCUUGGGUUCAACCAUUAUUCAUUUUAUCAUCAUUUACACUUGUGUUUUUCCUGCUGGCAUAUGUCAGUGUUUACACUGAAAAAGGUCUAGUCAAUAUAGAUGAGUGAAGAAAUGCUGUGUUGGAAAAAAACAUGUUUAAACAAUCCACUCUGUUAUGGUUUGAAUUUUUUUUUUAAUAAAAAAAAAAAGUAUGUGGGCUGAUAUGUUUUAUACUGUAUGAUAAAGAUGGACGACGACACAACUGCUCCAUAAAAGUGAAGCCAAAACAACUUCAUCGCCCCCUGGUGGCUGGCUGCAGUAUAGGACAUAAUCUCUAUGUUAACAGACAGGACAUGAGCCAAACUAAAAGUUUAAGGUAUAUGUCAAAUAAAUUUUUCCCAAAGAUGGUUUCUGUAAUUUUAGGUAGUUCUCUUGCUGCAGUGUGUUCAAAGGUUCAUUUCUCUGAUAAGUUUGGUUUUAAUUAGUUAUUUGAUGCCAUAAAAAUGUGAUUGAUGCCGCCGCUUGUGAUUGGUUGGAUGAGUGAAUAGGUGGGAACUCAAUACUGUGGAGAUUACUACUGUGCAGACUGUACUCUACUGGCUCCAAAUUACAUCCCCAGGGCAAGAUGGCAGCGGCUGUGUCUGGGAUAUUUUGGCUUCAUUUUUGUUCAGUGGGAGAUGUGUUGUCCAUCUAUAUAUACAAUCUAUGAUCUGAAUCAACAAUACAAAUAUACUAAAAAGUAUUUGUGUUUAACAUUGUUUUCUUUGUACUGAAAAAUGUUGUAAAUACAUUUUAUGGGAUUUUUUUUAAUUUUACUCUACAAUGACAGGCUGAAUAUUGAGUACCUGUGGCUACUUGAAUACCCACAGCAGUAGAUUUUUUUCUGCAUCAACAUCACUGCCAUGUGACAUGGGAAACCUCUCUUAGUUUUUCAUGAUGAACACAUUACCUGCACAAGUGACCUCAGCUUCAGAUUAAGUCAAGGCCAUACUGUAGCAGAUGUUUUCCUUUAGGUCAUGUUUUUAAGGUCAUUUCCUUUCAUGUGGGCGAGUUUUUGUGUGCACCACAUUGCAGAUCUGUCUUUAAGGUAGAAUACCAUGAAUUAAAAGAGUUCACUACAUGGUCGAGAUGUGUAUUUAAGGUUUAAUGAGAAGAUCACUGCCACUUGGCAAGAAAGCGAAGCCGAAUUACCAACAUGUGAAACUACUCCUUUAACGCUACAUUCACAAUAUGAUUUUUUUCCUUCCAAGGACUAUCAUAUCUGUGUCAGUAUGUAACUAAUAUUCAGUAACAAGGAAUUAUUACAUAUUUUAAAGUGAUGUUUUAAAAGGUACGACAUUUUCCAUCUCCACCAUGCUAAUGCUGUGUGAGGCGAGCCACGGAAGCCACCACAACCUGGCUAAAAUGUGGUUUCAAAUCUACUUUCCGACACAAAGUGCUUCAUUAACAGACAUGUAUAUCGCAUGCUUCCAAAAAAAUCCAAUCCUACUAUUAUCUCAUAUCCAAACAUAUCUAAUCAAGUUAAUAUUACCUCUGAUCCAUUCAGUCAAGGUCAGAUCUGAGAAAAUAUGAUUUGCAACUUUAAGCUGUUCACACUGAUAAGAGAACAUCAGAUAAGAGGAAACAUAUCAGGACAAGAACUUGAAACAUUUAACGAAGUUUGCCACUGUUUCCUUUGAUUGUAGCAUUGUGAUUUUUUUUUAAAAGAUUAUUAUUUUGGCUUUUUGCCUUAUUGAAUAGGAAAGUGUGAAAGAGGGAGGGGCUGACAUGCAUCAAAGGGUAGUGGGUUGGAAUUGAACCCACCACUGCUGCAGCAAGGCCAUAACCUUUGAAUAUGGGGUGCUCGUUCUACCAGGUGAGCGUUAAGAGUGUUCAGUCAUCUGGGGAGGGACGACCAAGACUGCGUUGUAGGUGGGUGACCAGAACUGAAGAAGCGUCUUGGAUGAGAGGGGAAACGUCUUCAAGAAACUCAAGUAAUUCCAGUUACCUACGAUAUAGCACUUAAGAAUACCAUGACUUGGAUGACUCAAUCUUUCCUACAAGCCCUGUAACAUAUUCCCUAAGAGUGUGACUGACGUCUUCUUCCAUCUGAAUGGAUACCACACUGUAGCCACAGUUUUUCUUGGAUUAUGAGAUUGUUUUUUGCCUCAUUGAUUUUUUGUUUUUGAAUGGUGCUAUUUCAAAGGAUUGUGAUAAUAACUUGACCGAGCACUGUGUGAGGCCUUUAAACCAAACUAUUUGUUAAAUGUAAAUCAACUAUUCACAUUCCAAAGACACAAAAACAUCACACAGGUGCAUAGAAUCUAAUUAUUAACUUUAACCUGUAUUAGAACAGUGACAGAAAACGUAUCAGACAUAUCCAACAACCUUUAAGGUAUUACAUCUAUGCUACUCUAUACUUUUAAAGUUACAACACAUGCAAUUCCACCAACCUGAUCGUAUCUGGCAGGUCAAUCCAAAGCAAGAAACACUUUUUUAUUUUGCCAUGAAGUGCAUUAUUCCACAAGCUGUCAGACGGUAACAUGAACUGCAGUUCUGUAAUAUUUCAUCUUGUAGCCUUUUCUCCUCCCGUUUACUUACUGUGCUUCAGUUCCUCGAUGUGACUGUAAAAUAUGUUGUAAUUGUCUGAGUGUCUGAGUUCAUUCCACCUCGGCUCACAAUAAACUGAUCCAUGGAGGUCUGAA